ACAACGCCUCAACACAAUUCAGGAUCGAUGCCAUCCCAACACUCACAGCACAGUUCAGGACAACAAUAUGUGGCCACUAAUGAAUGUCGUCUUAUUGAAUACCGUGGGGCGCGUAUCGCAGCUUUUCUCAGUGCAAACAGAUCCCAGUGCUCUGAAUAUCUGUUAUGUUUGCCACAAGCUUUCGAGUUGUUUCUAAAACACUUGGUCGGAGGUCUUCACACAGUCUAUACUAAACUCAAACGUUUAGAUAUAGUGCCGAUUGUAUGCAAUGUUGAACAGGUGAGAAUCCUGCGAGGUCUGGGCGCAAUUCAACCUGGUGUUAACCGAUGCAAAUUGUUGUCAACUCAAGACUUUGAUGUCCUAUACAAAGACUGCACGACUGCCCGACGGUCAGAU